UUCUCUAUUACUGGUGGAAACACGGGGUUAACUUUCUUUGUUGUUUGUUUAAUCUCAAUAACCAAGAAGUUAGAUAUUAAAGAAGGCAGAAGAGCUUUCUUGUUGAAUUUUUUCUCUGCCAUUUCUAACUCUGAAAAAAAAGUUAUUGAGAUUGGAUUUCAGGCCUUCAACAAAAAUAAAGAGAAAAAAAAUAUAGAGAACAAUGGCAUUCACAGGAACACUGGAUAAAUGCAAAGCUUGUGAUAAAACUGUUUAUUUUGUUGAUUUGUUGUCUGCUGAUGGAGUAACUUAUCAUAAAUCUUGCUUCAAAUGCACCCAUUGCAAAGGCACUCUUGUGAUGAGCAACUACUCCUCCAUGGAUGGAGUCCUCUAUUGCAAGACUCAUUUCGAACAGCUUUUUAAGGAAUCUGGAAAUUUUAGCAAGAACUUUCAGAAUUCAGGUAAGCCUGACAAGGAAAAUGCACUGACAAGGACUCCAAGCAAACUCUCUGCCAUGUUCUCUGGAACCCAAGACAAAUGCGCAGCUUGCACCAAAAUUGUCUAUCCACUUGAAAAGGUGACAAUGGAAGGAGAAUCAUUCCACAAGUCAUGUUUCAAGUGUGCUCAUGGAGGGUGUCCACUCACACAUGCAACUUAUGCAUCACUUGAUGGAAUCCUCUAUUGCAAGCACCAUUUUGCACAACUCUUUAUGGAGAAAGGCACUUAUCAACAUGUCCUUGAGGCUGCAAAUAACAAAAAGAAUGCUGAUCAAGCAGCAGCUAAUGAAGUACCUGAAGAAGAAGAAGAAGAGGCUGCUAAUAAGGAAAAAACAGAUGAGCAACCAAAAAAGGAGCCUGAUGAUGAAGAGUCACAAGAAUCCUAAAAAAUAUAUAUAUUGGAUUGUUGAUCAAUUGAAUUUUUUUUUCUAAAAAAAAAAAAAUCCAAAUUGUUUAUGUGUUCUAAUCAGUAAAUAAAGUUUUUUCCUUUUCUUUUUGU